UUGAGUGCUUUUUAAGGUAGUAUUAUAAAUAUAAAUAUGCACACGGGUCUACAUCGUUUUGAGUUGUGAAAGGUGAUCAGAAUUAGGAAACUUCAGAGAGAGAGAGAGAGGCACAGAAAUAGCUAGGAUUUAGAGCUGAACAAAAAAAAAAUGGAAGAGGGUCUGUCAGGCUUUUGCAUAAAAGCAUCAAGUGUUCGUAGUAGUACUACUUCUAUUACUACUAAUACUAAUAGUACUGGUACUGGUACUAAAUGUGGUCGUUGGAACCCUACUAAUGAACAAGUCAAAGUUUUGACCGAUCUGUUUAGGUCUGGACUUAGAACCCCGACCACUGAUCAGAUUCAGAAGAUCUCUACUCAGCUCAGCUUUUAUGGCAAGAUUGAGAGUAAGAACGUCUUUUACUGGUUUCAGAACCAUAAAGCUAGAGAAAGACAGAAGCGUCGUAAGGUUUCUAUUGACCAUCAUCAUCAUCAUCACCACAACGAUUUCCUCAUUCUUCGAGAGGAAAUGAUUUCAUCAUCUCCAAAACGUUAUGCAGAAAUAUAUCAUCACCAUCAUCACCACCAUCGUCAUCGUGAUGAUUAUGAUGAUGAUGAUGAUCGUGUUUCGGAUGACCAGCCGGAGAGAGUGAUUGAAACACUGCAGCUUUUUCCAAUAAAUCCAUUUGGGGAAUCAGACGACUCAGAAUCAUCAGAGAACAAUAAUAAGCUGAGAUCAUAUGAUCAUGAUCAUCAAUGCAAAGAAACAGCAACAUCUUUUCCCUACACAUUUCAGACAGAGAUGAAUCAUCCACCACUGGAUUUGUGCUUAAGUUUUUUUACUUCUUAAUUACUAGGCAAACUAAACAAAAAUAAAUAAAUAAAUAACCAAAAAAAAAAAAUGGGAGAGGCACUAAUUGGAUAGAAAUUUUAAGUUGAAAGUUGUAUAACUGAAAAGUUUAGGGCUAGUAGUAGUAGCUAGUUUAGCUAGUAGUACUAGUAUUAUUAAAAGAUUUUUAUUUGUUUAGUUUUUAUAUUCUGUAUUAAUUAUAUGAUGAAAUAUUGAAAUUGGGUUUUUGGAGGA